AUUUCUUAUCAGUUGACGAAAAAUACAAUAGGAAAGGUCGACACUAGUGCAGCGGCGGUAUGACUCGUACACAUGAGAUAAAUCUAAUCAAAUAGAGCACUUCUCCCGAAAACAUUUCAUCACUAAUUAUGUUAUGCGUGAUGUGUUCGUAUCGGGUUUUUUCUUCAAAAAUUGUAUACCCAGUGGAAAAAAUGUUUAAAGAAGUGUUCUAGGAAAAUAAAUGUGUAUAAUUAUUUGGUAAAGUUAUUCGUUUAUGAAAAUUGAACGCGAUACAAAUUCCUAAAGUAAAAUUAAUUUUCAAAUACUUACUCAACUUUUUUUUUUUUCGAGUGUCGGUAGUUUGAAAAAUCAAGAUGUCAUCUGAAGAUGAACGAUUUUGCGCAGCCGCAUUAGCGAAUUUUCAAUGGUAUUAUGCGAAGAACAUGCUAGGAUUAAUAGACAUACCUAUAUGCAUAAUCGGUGUGAUCUUUAACAUAUUCAACAUGCUGGUGUUCACAAGGAGGAAUAUGAAAUCACCGGUAAACCUAAUCUUCACAUAUUUGUCAUUUGCAAAUUUAUUACAGCUGUUAGCGUUUAUAACCGUUACAUGGGCAUACUUGGCAUAUCUCAGUGAGCCACCAACUUACGAAGACUGGACUUAUACACGAGCAUCGUUUUCGAUGCUAAGCGAAGAAUUGCUAAACAUUUCUAAACGCAUAUCAGUGUAUAUUACAAUGAUGCUAGCAAUAUGGAAAUACAUUGCUGUAUUUUAUCCAUCGAAGGAAUCUCAAUGGUGCAAUAUGAAAACUACACGUUACACGCUAGUAGCAGGUUACAUCAUAUGCAUUUUGUUCGUCAUACCGGAGUAUAUGUCACAUUAUAUUAAACCGGAGACGGCGGAGACCAAGAAUCAGACGAUAACGACGUACAAGUAUGAAAAAAUUAAAACCGAUUCCAUUAUGCACUCUGCGUCACAAUUCAUCAAAAUAGUAUUGCAUGAAUUAUUGCCAUCACUCGUGCUACCAAUAUUAGGUGUUAGAUUGAUCGCCACACUAUGGAUGAAAAAAGAACACCCUACUCCUUCGUCAAACGUUGAAAACCGCACAGACAAUGCCAAAACGAACCAACAAACCAAUCGAUCGAUUAUCAUAUCGAUGAUAAUUGUGGCACAAUGUUUAAGUUACGCGAUUCCAUUAGGAUUACUCCGCAUAGCAGGACGUAUGGCUAUUAAACUCGAUUUAUCAAGUGCAGAUAUAACUAAUUACUUGAAUUGUCAUUACAGCAUCCAAGUGAUACUCAGUCUCUUAGAUUGCGUUAAUAAAUCUAUUAACUUUAUAGUAUAUUACACCAUGGAUCAAGAUUUUAGAGCCACAUUCAAAUCUUUGUUCAACAAAAACAAUGCUUCUUUUUGGAAACUGAAGUAUGUUCGUUCGAGCAGUACGAGAGGGAAUGAUGAAAGCUUGGAAAUAGAUCGAUGCGACAUUUAGGGUGAAAAACGAGGAUGAUAACCCAGGGGUAAAUGAUUGGAUAUUUGCAUUUCAUAAGUAUAAUUUGACCUGACCAGAUCGGAUCUGAUCGGAUCUGAUCUGAUCUAAUCAGAUAAAAUAAGAGACUUGAUUGGAUCCGACGGGAUCUGAGUAGAUCUGAUCUUGAUUACACCGGAUCAGAUCUGAUCAGAUCCUGAUACAAUACUUAGAGAUCCAAUUAGAUCUGGCAAUAUCGGAUUAGACUUGUGCAGAUCUGAUCAGGUCCAAUCAUCUUGUCCUUGGAAGAUUUUCAUAAAAUGUCAAAAGUCGAAAAUUAGGGUGUAUCCCAAAUUUCAGCUUUCUUGGUCAAUUUGGUAAAAUUUUGAUUUUUCCCCUCAUUUUUGGCCUAAAUGUUAUUUUCAAAAAUUCACCAAAAAUCCAAAAACGCGCUUUAGCACUUGAAAUUUUGACAGGUGAUAAAUUUUUGUCUGAUCUUCCGAUCUACAUAUUUGUACUUAUGGUUUAAAAAAUUUUGUACAAGUCCUAUGUUGGAACGCAAAAUCUGCAAUUUCGGCUGACAUGUCAAUCAAAAUAGCCGCCAUUUUGUGAUUAGGGCCACUUUUUUUUAGUACAAGGGCUAGAAAUGUUCCUUAGGACUCACCCUUUAAGAAAAAAGUUGUCCUAGAGGAUCAAACUAGGGGGGGGGGGUGCAAUAGAUCCUUAAGCGGGCUCUCUGACUAUAAGUGUAAGAUAAUUAAUUAUUAAUAAAUCAUUAUUAAUUUAGGAAGAUAAAAUAGGUAAAAUACACCUAGUAUUAGUGGCUGUAUAUAGAUGAUACUUAUUUUAAAUUAAUCAUGUUCUUAGUUAGUUUUAAGUAGUUUUUACGCUUAAUAAAUACUUAACCUAAAAUGUAGUAAUUAUUAGUGUAUAAUACAUAAUGUGACCCCGCCUGACAAAAUCCACCAUGUCGACAAAAUUUCCAAAAAAAUUUUUUUUUUAUUCAAAAAUCUGAUCUUUCAACCCUCAAGAUUCAUUUCAAACGUCAUUAUUUUGGACACUUCUUUUUGUCAAAAUGACAGAUUUUGUCAGGCGGGGUCACAUAUAUUGACACAUGUCGUCAUGUGAGCUAUAGGGUAAGGUUGCCUAAAUCAUACCACUCCCUAAAUCGUACCACCUGCUACUUUUCAUGGAAGUAGCACUCCUAUAAUAUUUUUGGGGUAUUAACUGAAAAGUGUCAGUGUUGCCAACUACUACACAAAAAAAAUCAGCCAGAUUGACUAAUGUUUGCGUAACUUAUCACAAUUUAAAGAAAAUGUGUGGUUGGGAUCUAUUUUUUUUUUGAUGUAUGUAAGGUGUUGGAGCCCGGAUAGGAUUAAUCAAGUGGAAUUUUUUUCAAUGGAUCACUUGAAACACAUAUUUAUAAUUGUUUCAUCGCGCACAGAUAUCAGUUACAAGUAUAUUUUAUGACAGUGUUGCCAGUUGUUCAAAAAAUGCCAAAGUUGCCCAAAUCGUACCACUUUGAGGUUUCCUAAAUCGUACCAUUACAUUUGCAUUAUAUGCAAUGAGUUCCCUAAAUUGUACCAGGUAAAAACUAAAAGAAAACUGAAUAAAAAGCAUCAAGACAAACAUGUGGUGUUUUUUUUAUUUUACAAAUCAAAAAUGCGUUAUAAUGAAUACAAAUGAAAACCUUAUGCUUUUUCUUGAAUUUUUUUACCUCAUUUCAUCUACUUCCUUCAAAAUAUGACUAAAAUGACGGGGUAGUACAACUUGAGGAACUGGUGGUACGAUUUAGGAGACUAGUUUCCCAAAUCGUACCACUUGAAGACCUUUGCGGAAACUGAAAUAUCUCUUCUCGUUGAAGAAUAAAUUACUCUAUUGAUACGUCAUUCGAUAGACAAGGUUUCAAGCUACAAUUUAAAAAAAAAUCAGUCAAAAAGAGUGAAAAUUGGGCUCUCCAGGUCCUAAUAACCAAGAAGAGGUACGAUUUAGGCAACCUUACCCUAUCAAGUAUUGUUUUAUAUGUACAGUAAAAGCUUGUUAUAUCACUCUUCAAGGGACUGAAAAAAAGAGCGUUAUAAGCUGAAACACGUUAUAAGCAAAAGUCUCGUUACACCACUGAUGAGUGUAAUACCACAAAUUCUCAUUUUAAAGCAAAAAGAGCAUAAUAAAAGAAAAGGAAACUGGGUGGCCAAACCAUCCCCUCCCCCUCCUAGUUUUAAGCAAAAUCGAAACACUCUCAAUCUUGGCUUAGUUUAAGUUGCACAUAUGUAGUUUUUAUAGCUAAAUUUUAGUAUUAAGGUUAUCAUUUAGUAUUAGAAUUUACAUCACCCUCCCCCUAAACUUAAGAUUGUACUGGUAUUAUUCCUGCUAUGAGGGGGCCCCGCCCCAUUCUGCAGGAAUAAAUAAUUAUAAGAUGUAAAUAAUAUUCAAAAAUAAACCCUUUAAAAAAAAUCUUUACUUUGUAUAAUCUUUAAUAAAUCGCAUUGAAAGGCGUUAAGAUGUGUUUUUAUUUGGAGAAGAAUAAAAAAAAUGUGCAUACAGUUAGCUGGUAUUACCUAAACUCUCCCAACAUGAGCUAGUCAGGGACAAAAGGAAAAUAUUCACCAACCAGUGAAUAUUUCUUAGCUGGUUCCAUCAAGUGAUCAUAACAAACCUUACUAUAUCAAAGCUACUGCCAGGUUCAAC